CUCACUGGCUCUCUCUCUUAUUUUCUAGCGGUAACUGCAGCUUUUUUAUUUUAUUUUUUUAUUUUAUUUUAUUUUUUUUAUGCUUGGUUUUGAAAUUUUGUAUAUAAAAGUUUGUUCAUUUUUUUGGACUUUGUGAGAGAAAACAUAAAAAAAUUAAAAAAAAAUUAAAAAAUUAAAAUAAAAUAGAAGAAGAAGACGAAAAGGGAAGGUGGGUCUUUUAGUGUUGUGCGGUAUCCGUAAUUUCUUUUGGCUGUUGUUGUUUGGAGUAAUUGUUGGGAUUUGAUGGCUUGAAUCAAUCUUCGAGGGUUUUUGUUGCUGGGAGCAUUAAAAAUCCGGUUUUUUGGGAGCUAUUCAGGAAUUCAAUCCCACUCUGGAACAUCAAACGUGUUUCGGAGCUUUCCCCUUGACAAUCUUUAAUGCUUUCGUCCUCCCUUGAAGCUGCAAUCCUUGCAUCUGCAGCCAUUGCUAUAGGCAUGUUAUUAUCCUUUAUAGAGUCUUGCUGUAAUAUCCUGUCCUGAAGUACAUUGAAAAUUUCUCAAGUUGACCAAUUGAAGGACUAAGAAAGAGGAUAACAUAAUAAUACAGAAGCAGUGCUUGUGUAAAAUGCUGGGGUGAUAAUGUUAUAUGUUUGAUGGAUUUGGCUUUGUAUGCUUGAUGAAAAGUUAGAGCAAGCUGCUACCAGAAUCGAAUUUAUUCCUCAUAACAGUCUAUCUGGCAGCAGCUUAUUGGGUUCCAAAAGCUUAAUUCUGGAUGAUAUUUUGGAUUAGCUCAAGCUCAAGAAAUAAUUGUUCACAAUUUCCCUUGAGUAGUUUUAAAACUAACAGGCUUUUGCUGAUAAAUCAAGCCUCAGGGCUCUGGAACAAUGACAGUUUUGAAGCGGUAUGUGCUGCGGUUGUUCAUAUCAUUGAAGUACAUUACAGCGAACGUGGUGGAUAGAAAUAAUGGGCGGAAUGUUGCAACAUCAUCAACUGUUGAACAUUCGAUUAAGGGCUCGCUCGAGUGUGGUCGGUCGUGCAAUGCUAAGGCUGCAUCUGUUGUUGGAGAGGUGUUAGCGAUGCGGCUUAAGGUGGAAGGUCUUGAGCAGGGACAGGGAAGAGGUAUUCAUGUUGAUGUAAACAAGGAAGUUGAGAAGAAAGGCUUCAAGAAUCGCACCAAGAUUUGGGCUAUUGUCAAUUCCCUCAAGAAUAAUGGAGUUAAGCUCAUUCUUGAUGAUAAUGAUGAAAACUCGUCCAGACCAAGUUACUAAUUAUCUUUCCAGCUUUUUUUCUUUCUUCUGUGUAUAUCUGGGAGAUGAAAUGUACUCGUUUAAUUAGAGGGAAAAUUUUGCAGGUAAAAAACAGAAGCAGCCAUGAAAAUAUACGAGGAUUUUUUAAUAUUCUAUAGAAGCAUAAUUUCCAGAAGAAUGAGAGUGCUUUAAUGUCUAAUUUAAUAGCAUGCUUUUCUAACAGUCUAUUGUAAUUUAAUUAAUUGUAUUACCAUUCUUAUGGUUAAAGGAAAUUUUGAAAUC